AUGUCUGAAUCCAUUAUUAAUAUCGAUCGAAGUUCCGUACUUUGCAAGACAUUUAUUAAGUUCAACGAACAAAUAACUUUCACUUCUAAACAAAUUGAAAACUUGUUUAAACUUCACGUACUAAAUAUGAAACCACAGGAGUGCGUUACGUCAGUUUCGUCUACAUUAAAACUUGAUGAUAUUGAAGAGAAUUUCACACAUUUUUGGCUGGCCAACACGCUUUCCAGCGUCGUUAGAAACAUACAACUUUCACGUUUUAGUGUUCAGCAAGGAGUCAUUAUUGUGCGUUGGAUUAUCCAUUUUAUAUCUUUAGUGAUCGUCGAAAAAUUGGGUAAAGUAAUGUUGUUCGAAAAAUUGCGCAAGGACAUUAUUGUUGCGCUAGAAAAUGCGGGAGAUUUUAUGAUACCACUUCCGAAUAGUACAGAACCUACGACUUACGUGACGUCGACCAAGAACAAAGUGAAAUACACGUCAAAAGUCAUGAAGGAUACGGCAUCCGAUUCAAAUAAGCCUAUGGCUGCUUUACAAAUGGCUGCUUGUAUUGCGAACACAUUACAUGAUAUGUUUUGGGAUGAUUUCAAGUAUACUGUGAUACAAAUGGCAUUCAAUACUGACCAGAUUCAAAAACUAAAUAAUAAAAUUCCGAACACAUUAAAAGAUAUUGACCCUUUAUAUUUACAAAAUAAUAGCACUGACCUGAUAGACGAAAACACUGCCGACCAAGACGAACAAUUUUGUGCGAUCCUGGAUAGAUACUUUUUACGGACACCGAACAACCCGUCUUCAGUUUCUGAUCGGCUGAUAAAUAGCUUAAAACAGUCGUUGUGUCGUAAACGCAGACUUUAUGAUCUGUAUAAUAAGGAUGAAUGA